GUUUUGCAAUAACCAUCAGUCCUCAUUGCAUCGCUUUACCCUAACACCACCAAUUGUUGUCUUUGUCUUCACAACCCCACCUUCUUGUCCGUUAUAUCCCCCCUCAACUCGCGGCCGCACUAAGCGAUGGCGUAGUUUCUAGCCUGACAUUAUUGCCCGCGGGAAAGCCUCCAUCUCGAACCAAGUGACGCCCGGUCGCUGUGCUGAAAAAGUCAAAGAACCUGCGCGCCCCCGAGAUCGCUCUCUCCAACACCCACUGGGGAAUCUGACAAUUGACAAGUCCUCGCCGGGGCCUUCUGUCCGUCAGAAAGAAAACCGCAGUCUCGAUCGGUUGUUCCCUCCACCUGCCCGGCAAACCCUGCCACCCCCCCAACUUCUCUACAAAACUCUCGGGCUACGAAGCCAUGAGAUGCUGACUCGUCCUUCACAUUUUCUCUAUUCGACACCUUCCACGAUUGUGUCCUUGACUCAGCGACCAUUUGUGAGGUGCCAUAGCCUCACUUGGUCAGCCUCAGGUGCCCCGCCUGCCGGUUCAUCCACCCUCAUAAUCCGUACAAGAGCCUUCUCUGACAAAUCCACACCAAACCGUCCUCCUCUCAUCCCGCCAUCUACCUCUUCACCACCUCGCUGGUGGCCGAAAAAGAAUAUAAUUACGCCACCCCAAAGAAGAGCGACUGCCCUCCAAGCCAUCAUCGGCGACGGCGACAAAAUGGACGAGUACCGCUUUCCAGACUCUCGCCUCAAGAAGAAGAUGGAUGACCCAUCCAAAACCCCUCUUCUUCUUGUCGCCUGCGGUUCUUUUUCGCCCAUCACAUUUUUACACCUUCGCAUGUUCGUCAUGGCUGCAGAUUAUGUCAAACAUAACACCGAAUUUGAAAUGAUUGGUGGCUAUCUGUCGCCUGUAUCUGACGCAUAUAAGAAACAAGGCCUUGCGCCUGCCGAGCACCGAGUCGCGAUGUGUCAACUCGCCAUCGAUAAGGCCUCCACGUGGCUCAUGGUCGAUACCUGGGAAGCCGAACAGAAGGAAUAUCAACCCACUGCCAAAGUUUUGGAUCACUUUGAGCAGGAAAUAAACAUUGCUCGAAAGGGCAUCGACGCAGGAGACGGUAUUCGCAAGCCUGUACGGAUAGCUCUGCUUGCUGGAGCCGAUCUUAUACAAACCAUGUCUACUCCGGGAGUCUGGAGCGAGCAGGACUUGGACCACAUCCUCGGACGCUACGGAACAUUCAUCAUCGAACGAUCUGGAACAGACAUCGAUGAGGCCUUGGCCAGUUUACAGAACUAUCGCGACAAUAUUCAUGUUAUUCAACAGCUCAUCCAAAACGACGUAAGUAGCACCAAGAUCAGACUAUUCCUGAAGCGAGGCAUGAGCGUACAAUAUCUCAUUCCCGCACCGGUCGUCGAAUAUAUUGAGCAGAAUCAUCUCUAUGCCGAUGAUCACCGAGGUUCGAGUACAUCCCUUUCACAGCCUCAAGACAAUGAGAAAGGCAAGAGCAAAGAAAUCACCGCCUCCGCAAGUUGAAACCUCUGCCACAAAGGCAGCAACUUGUGCACAACAAUCAUACCGCCACAGCCUGACUGAGCUUGGCUUCGAAUUCUCGAAUUCCCAGACAAACAUGUCAAGUGAACUGGAACUAGAACCCACCGAUGAAGAAAUCACGACCAGACACUUGCCAGAAAAACUCCCUACAGUGUCGACGGGGAGGCCCUUCCGGCGUCGCUUCUUGUCGGUCGGAUUGGACGAUCAAUGGUUUGAACUUUGGCGCGGCAAGCAAGAAACAUGGGUUCUAUAUACCAAAGUGCUACCGCUGCGUGGAGUCGGGAGUUCUGUGAUGAUUUCAGUUGAAAGUGGUGGUGCCGGGUAUAUCGGAUCGGUGGAUCCGAAGCCUCGAGGAGGGCAAAAGAAUUCCCACGAAGAUACCUGUGGACAAGCUUCCGGGUGCUUAGUCGGUAUACGAGUAUUAUGAUAUGACCUGAAGUGGUUGAGGAGCAUUUGAGGAAUGUUUGAUUUUCAAUUCGGAAGUGGACCAGAAUGAUCACACCUGGUCGUUCUUUGAUGAAGCUGUGCCAUGAAAAAGUUAGAACAUGAAUAUAAGUUUAAAGAUGAUUGAAUACAGUAUCCAUGCACGU